GUCAGAAGCCUUCCCGGUCAGCAUCCCCGCGGUGAUCAUGGAGACUGACUGGACAGAGCCGUGGCUCCUAGGGCUUGUCACCUUCCACCUGCUGUGCCUACUUCUCACAUGCUUCUCAUCACAGAGGUAUAAACUACAGAUUGGACACUUCCUGUGCUUAGUAGGGUUAGUCUAUUGUGCUGAGUAUAUCAAUGAAGUGGCUGCAAUGAAUUGGAGAUUGUUUGCAAAAUACCAGUAUUUUGAUUCCCGGGGGAUGUUCAUAUCUAUCGUGUUCUCAGCACCACUGCUGUUCAAUGCUAUGGUCAUUGUGAUUAUGUGGAUACAGAAGACUUUGAAUGUGAUGUCUGACCUAAAGAGCUUGCAAGCAAAGAGAAAGGAGAGAAAAAGGAGAAGAAAAGAAGAAUAAUGCCUCACUGUUGCUGUGGACCUUGUUUUUCCUACAACUUGGUUGUUUCCAGCUGUAAGCUUCACAUGGCCCAGAUGUCCUCUGUCACCUGACUCAUGGUUUGGAAAAUGGUUCUUAUAUUUUACACCCACAAAGAUGGAGGCCUCACUAAAGCUGUUUCUUAAAAGAGCUAACGAUGUCACCUUAAUGUAUGUUGAAUGUGGACCCACAUUUGCAUGGUGGGAGCUUUCUGGUUUAGCCACAGGAAGAAACUUGCACAGCUUUUCACAGUUUGCUGGUAGACCUCAUUAUAUAACUAGAGUUCACUCAAUUUUGAGUGUGGAAACAAAAAUAAACAGCGCCAUCCUGCUGUGGCACCACUACCUACUCACUCUCCUGUUUCUACCCUGUAGUGGUCGCUCUCAGUUAAGAGUUAUUUUGAAACUGGGCAGUGGUGGCUCACACCUUUAAUCCCAGCAUUUGGCAGGCAGAGCCAGGUGGAUCUCUGUGAGUUCAAGGCCAUCCUGGGCUACAGAAUGAGUUCCAGGAGAGGCACAAAGCUACACAGAGAAACCCUGCCUCGAAAAACCAGAGAGAGAGAGAGAGAGAGAGAGAGAGAGAGAGAGAGAGAGAGAGAGAGAGAGAGAGACUUUGAUGACAUUUGUCACCACAGAUGGGCAUGGUACUGGUGUCUGUUGGGUAGAGACUAGGAUGCUGGACAUGGUACUGGUGUCUGUUGGGUAGAGACUACAGAGCACAGGACAGCCCCAUCAUGGAAUAUUGUUCUGUAUAUAAUGUCAGCAGUACCCUGGCUGAGGGAACUGUGGGACAGGUUUGGAAAAGAAUGCAGUAUAUCAGUUCCCAUGAAGCUAAGCCUCUAAAGAAUCGAGUUGGGACUAUGCCACUGAAAAUGUUUUGUUUAAAAAUACUAAUCUAGAAUGGGAGCUGUAAAGUCAAGACUCCAUGGAAAAUAGUAUGUCAAAUGAACCAUUUGGUUUUGUUUUUUCUGGGUACAAAAUUAUAAAUACUUGCAUACUCGGUGAAUGACUUAGUUGUUUCUACACAGACUGUGACAAGUGCAGACCAGUUCUUCCUGAGUGUCACAUGCUGGGGUUUGUCGAGCACAGAGAAGGGCUUAUAGCUUCUCUUCUGUUUUCUCAGAUAUCCUUAGUGUUUAUGGAAUCUGGAGCAAUAAAUCUCCAGAAAUUGCAAAUGACUGGAGACUCAGAAACAGUAUUUAAUACUGGGAAUUCUGUAGACUCUUAGCUUUAGUUUAAAGAAAUAAUUUGUAUUUUCUUUAUUUAAUAGGAGUUUUUUCCUUCCUAAAUGAAACAUUCUUCAAAGUUCUAAAGUAAAAAUCUAGAUAAAAGUAUUUAAAAGGUUAAAAGUAGACAGUUCGAUAGAUUACAGUUAUGUUCUUAAAUCCAGAUACUCAGUUUUAAAUGUUUAUGAACUCUUAGUAGAAAGCCUACUGACUGAAUUGUGAAUCUGAUAAUCCUAAGGUGUGAGUUUGUGGCUCCUUCAUGAAGCCACUGCAGCACUUAACCUAAAUUGUGUUCUCAUUUCUUGAUUUGUUCCAUUUUUACAUUAAACUAAAGUACCAAAGGAAAUAGCAUAGUAUAGUAAGUCAGUUUUAAAUUUAAAAUCACACUGUUAAGUCAUGGACAUUGCAUCUAAGGGUAUAUCUAAUUGUGUGAUUCUGAAAAUUACUGGUUCAGGUUGUUCAAUCAUUUUUAUGGUUACAAAGGCAUUCACAAUAACAUUGAUUAGUUUCACAGAAAAUAAGAACAAAUUGGUCAAUUAUAUUUGGUUAGAUAAAUCUGAAGCAGGAGAGUGUCAAAUAGGUCUAGAACUCACCAACCAGAUCUGUUCCCCUUGACCUUUGUGUCCAAAGCUUGUGCAAAAUGGGUCAGAGAGGGGUUGAGUAGCCUGAGUUCUGGCUUUGUCCAGGGCAGCUUCAUGGGUGUUGGAGAGACUAGAGAGGAACUAGGGCACUUGUGGAUUCUGUACAUUUUAAGACAACACUUACCAAUCACACAUUGUUUGGACUGCCUGUAUUUGGAACCAUCCAACUUAAUCUAUUUUUCUCUGAUAAAAUAGUACAAAGGUAUUGUUUACUUCGCCAUGUGUUGAUAUUAAUACUAUAAUAACUAUGAUAUUAAUACUAUUAAUAUCUAUGACCUUGACUUUUAGGCUUUUGUGCCUUGUGUCUGCAUAUGUGGUUGUGGAUGCACAUGUGCUUUACUUUUUUUAAAAAAAAGGAAUAUUUUGGGUUGGAGAGAUGGCUCAGUUAGUACUUUCCUUUUAAGCAUGAAGACCUAAGUUUUAACUCACUUAAAAUUUGUGCACAAAUUAUAAUCCCAGUGCUGGAGAUGUGGAAAUAGACAGAUGUCUAGAGUUCCCUAACCAGCCAGCCUACUUGGCUAGCUCUAGGCCAGAGACUGUCUCAAAAAUGAGAUGGGAACUUACAGGAUAGCUCAGUGAGUAGAGGUGGUUGCUGCUAAGCAGUACAGUCCAAGUUCAGUUCCUGGAAAACCCACUUGCUGAAAGGAAAGAACCAACUCCUACAGGAUGUCCUCUGACUGUACACACACACACACACACACACACACACACACACACACACACACACACAAGUAGAUGUUUAAAAAAAAAAACAUAGUAGGCAUUCCUGAGGAGCAACACCUGAGGUGGUUCUCUAGCUUUCACACUUGCAUGAAUAUUGGUACACACAUAACACAUAAACAAAUGUUUUGUAUUUUAUGAAACUCACACUCAGUGGCUAAAAUUAUACUUUGAGGAAUUGUCGUAAUAUUGUCCUUAUAUUAAGGAAAACCCUGCAAGCCAGAAUUAUGAACAAGCAAUUGGGUUUGUCAGUGCAGCUCUGAGGAUUUUACAGAUUUGACCAGUGCUGUGUUCACACUUCUGUACUGCAAGGUUCUCAGGCAAUCUGAGAGACAUAAGGAAAUAUUCUUUUACUGAGUAGUUAUGGAAAGCAAAGGCCUGUGAUAACCAUUUUACACAUUCUACCUAUUAAACCUUAUGUUUGUUGAUUACUGCGCAUUACUAUACAAUAAAAUAUGUUUGAUAAUA